AUGACUAUGGCUAUGGCAGCAGACGACCGACGUCUUGCCCCGACGGCGGACGCGCUCGCACUGCGCGCGGUUCGGCCUCCCUCCGCGGCGCGGCGCCACCGGCCGGCCACGGUGCCGCGAGGUCCGGGAGCGCGCGUGCGCGGGGGCGCCGGUCCGGCGUCGCGACGCCCCACCCCCGGCGUCGUGGCGGCCACCACGCGCCAGCUCAGUCCUGCUGCUCAGGGGGGCGUCACACAACACUGCGACGGCGACGGCAGCGGCACAGCCACACCGCGCCCGCGCCCGCGCCGCGAUCCGAGGAGCUCAGCCUGGCCGGACCGCGUGGCGGCCCCGCCAGCGCCCCUUCCCACGGGCGCCGACCACCUGCUAAGCAGCGCGACGCCGCCACCACGCUCUCCGCGGCGCACCCGUGGGAAGCGAAGGCGGAGCAGGAUUGGAGGAAUGCCGCCGAGCUUACGAGGCUCGGGGGAGCGUAAAAAAGAGAGAGACGGCGCGAGGCCGCGGCGAAAGAGCGAGCGAGAGGGGCGCGGCGAGGACGCGUGUGCGGACACAGACUCACGGCAGGGAAGGGGCCGAGUCGGCGCGGCCGCACGGCGCAGGUCCUCGGCCGAGAGAGAGAGAGAGAGAGCGCGCGCACGGACGGGGCCGCUGGUCUUGCACUUGCAAGUAGUGGAGCCGCCGGCCAAGGACGCAGCAGCGGCGCGCCGCCACGUCAGUCCCGCGUGCGACACUGGCCGGAGCGGACGCAGGCGUGGUGGACGCGCGCGCCCGGGCACUGCCCACCUGCCAUGA